UUUUAUCGCCAUUCCCAUAUGGAUACGCCGUUCGAAACAACAAAAUAGGUCGCGUAGAAAAUUGUCAUUUUUUCGGGAAAAUUUGCUUUCCAAUUGGUGUGACUCGUAAAAAUCCAAUAUGUGAGAGGGAUUUUUCAAUCAUAUCGCUAAAUUGAUUUCUACGGUGAUUGAAAUGUGAUGAGUUUUUCAAUGUAUCGGGCAAGCUUCGAGUGUUCCUUGUAAAAUCAAUUUCACAAAAAUGAAAGUGAUUUGGAUGUUUUUCCAUAUAGUUUAUUGCUUUAAUGAAUCUGUUUAAUCAUCGUCAAUCGUAUACGUGAUCCACGGAAAGGAAUGAAGAGUUAAUCAGAGGCUAACAGGCAAAUAAAUCGUCGUCGAAUUAGAAAAGUCAAAAAGAUGUGUUUAUUGAUUUUCUCACAAGGAUAAACAAAGCUGCAGGAAUGAAGUAUUCACGUGUCGGAUAUCAGUGAUAAAUAUGCAUUAACCGCACGCAAAGAACGGACAAGAAUAUAAAUAUUUUGGGUUGUGUCGAAGGAAGCUUCCGAUGUGCAAUAAAGCGUGCUGAAAGUCGUUUAUAUAUUAGUGGCUGAAACGAAUAGCGACCAAGUCAAUGAGUCUGAUAAUGUCAGUUCAGAUGACUCGAUACAAACAGGCCCAGUUUGCCGAUGAAGAUAGCAGUAGCAUUGGCUCGGUUCAGAUCACAGAAACCAGACACAGUCCGACGAGGCACAUUCGUUAUCACACAGCCAGGGGGACGUCUCUGUGGAAUGCCCGCAGCAAACUCGAAAAGGUUCUCCUGCUGCUGGUGCUGAUAUCGGUAGUGACGAUUGUUACCCUGAUCUGCAUAUUGGCGACCGAAAACACCAGGAUACUGCACGUGCAGCCUCACGUUGACUCCAACAUCUACAAAGGAGCAACUGUGGACGGAGACGUACCACUGCCAUGUCUGAACAAGCACUGUAUCUUCGCUGCCAGCGAAAUAUUGCAUUCGAUCGAUUCCACGGUAGAUCCGUGCGAUGAUUUCUACGCUUACUCCUGCAACCAGUGGAUCAAGAACAACCCGAUUCCGGAUGGCAAAUCCAUGUGGGGAACAUUCGGUAAGUUGGAACAGCAGAACCAACUGGUCGUUAAAAACGUUCUGGAGCGACCGGAAGCGGAAUUCAAAUCAAAAUCGGAGAAAAAGGCCAAACUGUACUACCAGUCCUGUUUGGAUGAAGAUGAAACCAUGGAAAAAUUGGGAGCGGAUCCGUUGCUGAAACUGUUGAAGAAUAUUGGCGGUUGGAAUGUAACGGCCAACGCCACUGGGUUCGAUGUUAAGAAAUGGUCAUUGCAAAAGUCGCUCCAAAUUUUGCAGAUCAAGUACAACAUGGGUGGUCUGUUUGGUUGGGCUGUUGGAGAAGAUGAUCGUAAUUCUAGUAAACAUAUCAUACAGAUCGAUCAAGGCGGGUUAACACUACCCUCACGGGACAACUAUCUGAAUAAGACGGCCAAUGCCAAGAUCUUGACUGCUUACUUGGACUACAUGGUGAAGGUGUCGGUAUUGCUUGGGGCAGAUGAAGCCGAUGCACGUCGACAGAUGACGGAUGUAAUUGAUUUUGAAACCAAGCUGGCCAACAUUACAACACCACAGGAUAUGCGGCGUGACGAAGAGGAAAUGUACCACUUGAUGACAAUUAAAACAUUGCAGUCGAAAGCACCAUUCAUCGUUUGGCGGGACCAUUUUGAUGAAGCUUUCCGUUUGGUGAAGCGAAAAAUCACCGAAAAGGAAAAUGUGGUAGUUUACGCACCGGAGUAUUUGGAGAAAUUGAACGCUUUGGUCAUGGAGUACAACACCACUGAUGAUAAGAAAACGAUAUUGAAUAACUAUCUGGUAUGGCAAACAGUGCGCACGCUUACGUCCUGUUUAUCGAAAGCAUUCCGAGAUGCAUACAAAGGACUACGGAAGGCACUAAUUGGCUCUGAUGGAGGGGAAGAGCCGUGGAGAUACUGCGUGAGUGAUACAACUAAUGUGCUUGGAUUUGCUAUAGGAGCAAUGUUUGUCCGAGAAGUGUUUCAUGGUGAGUCUAAAAGUCGAGCGGAAGAAAUGAUUAAUGAAGUACGAACGGCAUUCAAAGAUAAUCUGCAAAACUUGGCCUGGAUGGACAACGAGACAAGACAGUUGGCUAACGAAAAAGCUGAUAAAAUAUCUGACAUGAUAGGGUUUCCCGAUUACAUUUUAACUCCUGAAGAAUUAGAUAAGAAAUAUCAAGAUUUGAACAUAGACCCGAAGGCAUACUUUGAUAACAACAUUAAUUUUAAUAUUUAUAGCUUGAAGAAAAAUUUGGAAAAGCUCGAUCAACCAGUUGAUAAGACUCGUUGGGGUAUGACUCCACCCACUGUGAAUGCUUAUUAUACUCCAACCAAGAAUCAGAUUGUGUUCCCUGCAGGAAUACUGCAGCUUCCAUUCUUUGGUAUGCAGAAUCCAAAGAGUUUGAAUUACGGAGGGAUGGGCGUUGUAAUGGGGCAUGAGCUGACCCAUGCAUUCGAUGAUCAGGGUAGAGAAUACGACAAAUUCGGUAACCUGCAUCAGUGGUGGAAUAAUAAAACAAUAGAAAAGUUCAAGAAACAGACCGAGUGUUUCAAUACACAGUACAGCUCGUAUAAAGUAAACGGAAAGAAUCUUAACGGCAAACAAACAAUGGGUGAGAAUAUUGCAGAUAAUGGAGGUCUGAAGGCAGCAUUCCACGCAUACAUAAAAAAUGAAAAAUUCAGCACUUCGGACACUGACAUCUUGCCACUUCCUGGCUUGAAUCUCACACAUCGUCAGCUGUUUUUUGUUUCGUUUGCUCAGGUUUGGUGCUCAACGGUGACAGACGAAACUACAACUUUACAGAUAGAAAAGGAUCCACACUCUCCACCGAUGUAUCGAGUGAUUGGAUCAUUGUCAAAUUUGAGGGAAUUCUCCGAUACUUUCAAGUGUCGUCCAGGUUCUCGAAUGAAUCCUAUCAGCAAAUGUGAAGUAUGGUAAAAGACUGUUUAGAAUGAUUUCCAUGGAUAAGCUCAAAGCUUGAACAAGCUGCGUGAAACGCAUAGCAAAAUUUCGUACUACUGUUCGAUUUUCAGAAUCUGAUUCUCAGUCAAUACUUUUCAAUCAAUUAUUACCUCAAUUCAAUGGACAAAAGCUCAAGCUACCUUGAAAUCAGAAUGAAAAUCUGCAUAAAAAUGGUUAGGAAUGCUGCUAUUAAAGAUGAAAAUUCAUGUUUGUACACAUCAUUCAUUUAUCAUAAAAUCCAUCUGCAACAUUCAGUUCUAAUUAUUUAAUCAAAGAGAUCAAUCAACAACUGCGAUGCCAAAUAUUCCUAUAAGUUAAAGAAAAACUCUCUGUCCUAAUGUAUUAAUGACCUAGUGAUUAGAAUCGAUACUGUGCUUAUUGAAAAUAUCUAUGAGUGUAUAAAUUGCAAAGUUACUAAAUGUGAUUUACAGACCAGAACAAAAACAGAGAUCUUCAAAUGAUCUAGUAAAACUGCAGUGCAAAAUAUCCUUGUUGAGCAAAACAGUUUUAGGAUACUACUUA